AUGAGCGUCCAACUGCCCCCACCUACGCACCGCAAGCGCGCGCUGCCGCAAGGCGAGCUCGAAGCAGCCUCCACUCUCAAGCUGGGCGCUGAUCAACAUACGCACACCCUCUCACUUUCGGAAGCACGACUCGUUAUCCACAAGGUGUUGGAGAACAAGCGGCGCGGGGGCAACAAAUACGAGGAGCCGGAAAACUUGACCAAGACUUUGGAUUACUUGGAUGUCUUUGCCCGGUUCAAAGACGAGGAAAACAUCAAGGCAGUCGAACGUCUUUUGAACUCUCACACAGAGCUAGAGAUGUUUGAGCGGUCACAGCUGGGUAGUUUGUGUUGCGAUAAUGCCGAGGAGGCCAAGUCUCUCAUCCCGAGUCUGCAGAAUAAGAUCUCCGAUGGAGACUUACAAGAAUUGCUGGAUGAGCUGACCAAGCUGCGCAACUUCACCGAGUAA